ACUUCCGGUUCUUGUUCUGGCCAACAUGGCAGCUUCUGCGAACGCGUCGAUGAGCGACCGCGAGCUCAAGUUUGUUCAGAUCGGGCUCAGCGAGCAGAAGGCGAAGGAGACGGCGAAGAAUGCGACGCUUUCGCAGGGCCUCUUUGACGCCAUCGUCGCGGCCGAGGGAAAAGCGAACAAGCCGAUCACGAAAGCGAUGGGCAACCUUCUGUACCAUGUCGUGACCAAGAUGAAGGGACAAAUAAAACAGUACGAGCUGCUCCUCGUCGAGUACGUCGCCAAGGGAAAGCUCGACUCCGAGGCCAAGCUGACAGCUGCCAUGGACUACCUGCUCACCCACCCGGAACCCCCAUUGGACACAAAGGCGUUUGAGAAGUACAGCGGUGUUGGUGUCGUUGUCUCGCCUGACCAGAUUGAAAAGGCUGUUGAGGACGUCAUCAGCAAACACCGGGAGAAGCUGGUGGAGGACCGGUACCAGUUCAACGUGGGAACUCUACUCGCGGAAGCUCGCUCGAAGCUGCCCUUUGCGGAGGGCAAGUACAUCAAGAACGAGGUGGACUUGCAGGUGCUGCACCUGCUUGGCCCUAAGUCAGACGCUGAUCUCCAGAAAGCGUCUCGUCCUAAGACCAAGGGAGGCAAGGAGCGCCCGAAAGCCUGCACUCCUCGGGAUACGCAGUCGGUUGAAACUCAACCGAAUGGUGCAAGGUCAAGUAUCAGUCAUCCUCGAAAGGCACUGCAUUCAACUAUCUUGGAUUGCAUCUCUGCCGACACUGGUGCCAACACGAUGGAGGAACUCUUCCGGACCAAGGUGCACUUCCACAAGCCUGGCGAGAACCACAAGACGGAAGGCUACAUAGUCACCCCAGCCACCAUGGCGCACCUCAAGAACCACCUCAAGGUCACCGGUGGCAAGGUGCGGACACGGUUCCCUCCCGAGCCCAACGGCAUCCUGCACAUAGGGCAUGCCAAGGCCAUCAAUGUGAACUUUGGAUACGCCAAGGCACACGGUGGCGUAUGCUUCCUGCGCUAUGACGACACCAACCCCGAGAAGGAGGAGGAGCGCUUCUUUGCGGGGAUCCAGGACAUGGUCCAGUGGCUAGGCUACGAACCAUACAAGGUGACCCACGCGUCUGACUACUUUGAUGACCUCUACGUUUUGGCUGUGCGGCUGAUCCAGCGUGGUCUGGCCUACGUCUGUCACCAAACCGCGGAGGAGCUCAAGGGAUUCAACCCACCACCAUCGCCUUACCGGGAUCGCACCAUCGAGCAAAAUCUCCGGUUGUUUGAAGACAUGCGCAGGGGAAAGUUCAACGAGGGCGAGGCCACACUACGGAUGAAAGUGACCCUGGAGGAAGGCAAGCAGGACCCCGUGGCGUACCGGGUGCGGUUCGUACCGCACCCGCGCUCGGGUGACAAGUGGUGCAUCUACCCGACGUACGACUUCACCCACUGCCUGUGCGACUCGCUCGAGCACAUCACCCACUCGCUGUGCACCAAGGAGUUCCAGUCGCGGCGCUCCUCCUACUACUGGCUCUGCAAUGCCGUCGACGUCUACUGCCCCGUGCAGUGGGAGUACGGCCGGCUCAACCUCAACUACACUGUCGUCUCCAAGCGCAAGAUUGCCAAGCUCAUCGAGCAGGGCGUCGUCAGGGACUGGGAUGACCCACGCCUGUACACACUGACAGCACUGAGGCGGCGUGGGUUUCCCCCGGAUGCCAUCAAUAACUUUUGUGCCAAGCUGGGGCUGACGGGGUCCCUCUCAGCUGUAGACCCUCAGCUGCUGGAAGCCUGCGUUAGGGAUUCGCUAAACCUGACAGCACCGAGGGUGAUGUGCGUGGUGGAGCCGCUCAAAGUGACCAUCACGAACUUUCCGCACGGUCAGGAUGCCGAGGUGCCAGUCACAGUGCCCGACUUCCCAGCCUCGCCUGAGCGAGGUUCGCAUACGGUCACAUUUGCCAGCGUGGUGUACAUUGAAGCGGCCGACUUCAGGGAGACCGCCGACAAGUCCUUUCGCCGCCUCACGCUCAAACAGUCUGUUGGCCUACGGCACACUGGGCUGGUCAUCUCGGUCAGCAAGGUCAUCAAGGAUGCCGCUGGUGAUGUUCAGGAGUUAAAGGUGACGUGCCAAAAAGCCGAAGACAUCGAGAAACCUCGUGCAUUCAUCCACUGGGUCUCCAAACCAGUCACCUGCGAAGUGCGGUUGUACGACCGGCUAUUCUUCCAUAAGAACCCAGAAGACACAAGCGAGGCAGCCGGUGGCUUUCUCAGCGAUGUCAAUCGCGAGGCAAUGACAAUCUGCAGCGACUCGCUCAUUGACCGAUCGCUGGCUAGCUGUUCCGUCUUGGAUAAGUUCCAGUUUGAGCGCCUUGGAUACUUUUGCGUCGACCAGGACAGUGCUCCAGAGAAGAUCGUGUUCAACCGGACGGUCACAUUAAAAGAGGAUUCUGGGAAGAACUGACAGCGUCGACGCUGACAUCCCUAGGUGCCUCUGUUCUUCAAAGUGUUGUGAAUCACAUGCAACGACGCACAAGGAUUCUAUUUUUUCAAAUUUUUUUGUACAGUCUACAGUUGUUGAUGAGUGCUAUGUGCUUCUCCUCGGCCCCUGCCAAACCUGCCGAAGCCUCAUUCACUCUACACAGCGAUUGAAGCAAGCGCCAAAUGGAACACGUCACUGAUAACGGCUCCACUCUAUGUACUGGGCUUCGGCACUCCAGGUGCAAAUAACUCCGGCACGAAUGAGAAAAAAAAUAAUUGAUGGGUGCAGUGAUGCUGUAGCCCAAGUUAUGCUUUGCCAAGGAUAUUUUCUUAUUUACUCGCCUUUUAGUAAUGCGGAAAGGCAACUUCUGACGGGACUGGCACACAACCUUGUGUAAAGUGGCGUGUCAAUAAAUUAAUUUAGAUGUGUUUUGGGAAGGGGGGGGGGGGGGUUCCUCUGUGAUGUUUGUUUAAUGACGGAGCUUAUGCAUAAAUGAUGUCUAUCUAAGCAUUAUGCCGUGGCAUAUGAAUAAAUUAACUUGAAAUGUGUUCUGUGAGGGGUUUCCUUGGUGAUGUUUGUAUGUGGAAGCUUGCACAUAAAAGGUUUUCUACCUGGAAAUUUUGCCCUGCAAGGUUUUUUAUGCAUGUAUUUAUACACAAAAGUGGUGCAAUCAUGUGUUUUGCUGCUCAGACGAGAUAUAAACCACAAUUGUGGUAGGUUUCUGAUAGUUGGUGAAAUCUUUCUUAGCUAAAUAUACAAUUUUCUGGAUGUUAACUUGUGUUCCUUGUUUUCCGUUAGUUAAAAAUAAUUAUUUGUCUGUACAUUUCUUGGUAUACCUGUAACCUGUCUUUUUUUUUUAAUUCAUGCAAAUUCUUUAGAAAUUUUCCUCCGCCCUUUCAGUGUAGUUUUAGGAAAAAGGCAGAAAUCACUGACAUACGGAAUUGGAGUGCACAGAUAAUGAAAAUGGUUCUCUGACUUUUUUUUAUUGUUUACUUUAGGGCACAAAUGAAAAGCUAAACCUAAACUGUAGUGAAAUUGUGUCUGCUUAACCUAGGGCUAGUCACACUUCUGAGACAUUCUUGCUUAAAAUGUUGCGAGUAGUGCAUUGUGAUUCCAGUUAAGACGAUCCCAAACUGCUUGUGGGACGCUUUUGGAAAACUUGACUGGAAAGCUGAAAAUGUAUGUUGUAGCACGUUUUGAGGACUGGUAUCUCGAAAGGUGACGAAAGAUUUCUGCUAAGCAGACAUGAUCUCACGUGUACUGUUUAGCUUUAAUUUUUAGCUUGUUGCCUAAAGGGAAUUAUAAAAAUUGAAGGAGCACUUAGUUAUCCCUUCGUGAGUGAAUGUGAAAGCAUUCAGACUACCGCGCGAUGUCUAUGCUCUUUUAAUCGUCUUAAUUUCGCCUUAACACCAAAGGUCGUGGUUUCGACUCCCACCAAAGUUUGUAGGUUUGAGUGUCUUAAUUAACUCUAGUUUAAUUAACUGUGUCUUAAUUAACUUCACCUUAUUUCACACGAAAGGUUGAGGUUUGGACUCCCGCCAAAAGUCGUGGAUUUGAGUGCCUUAAUUAACUUUUCCUCAAUUAACUUUGCCUUAAUCCCGAAGGUCGUGGGUUCAAAUCCCACCAAAGGUCAAGGGUUCAUAGCCUUUUUGGACCAUCCUGUGGUCACGCCAACUCCGAAUUUUUUGCCUCAUGAGCCGUAUAAUGCUUUUGCAUUAAAAGGUUGGCCUUUUUAAUUAGCUACCUGGCUGUUGCAAUCCAUUAUGGAAGUGAUGCCCACCCCUCCAUGCUCCAGGCAUUUUAAUCUGUUCAGAAAAAGGGGGAAGAAAACUAGAUACUGUUGUGCCUUAUCAUGUUCAUCACUUAUCAAAGUGGGAAGUGAAUGCAAGAUCAAACGUAUAUGCCAGCUAAGUCCAGCAUCCUUAGCGAGACCUAAAUCUAGGUUAAACUACACUGUGAAGCUCAUUUUAGUGCAAACUGUUCAGGAAGGAUAUAGUUUGGCAACCUGUUAAUCUAUUGUUAAUACAGUUGGCGUUGGCAUCAAUAGAAAGCUGGUAUUGCGUAGACACCUCGCCAAGGAAAAUAAUGCCAUGUCAACAUACAUACAUUCACUUAUUUCUAUACUCUUACCAGAACGAAACAAAAUAUAUUUAUUGACAUAUGCUUUUGCAUAAAUUGUAUGCACAAAAUGUUUCUGUUAUCGGUUAUGAAUAAUUACCAUCCGUUGGAGAAAAAAAGAGUACUCAUCCAGUUGCUUCAGGUCAGUUGGCUGGUGAAGCGAGAAACCACAAGCAUCAAUAAAUUACACAAACAUUUGAUUACAGUGA